CAAUCCUCUUCUUCCUAUAUCCCUUAUCCUUUUCCACUUCACCAAUCUUUACGCCCUUGGUUUCAGAGAAGAGCACCACACUGUAAUGGCGGCAAUCCCAAUGGCAACGGCCACUCCUACAGACUCCAUGAGCAGAGUUUGGAGCAUGUCAUCUCUCAAAUCAUCUCUCCCCUCCGCCGUAACUUGCCGUCUACCUUCCCCGUCUUCUCGCCGUCCCGUCCUCGUCUCUUCUCCAUCACCGCGUCUCCCUUCAUUCUCCGGUCUCUCCCCGGUUAACCCCCUCAUCUCAACCGGUCUUCCAGGUUGGCAAAGCUUCGAGGAUGGGUUCAAGAUCAUCGACGGCGGUGGCCGCGUGUACGCGAUGAGGCACGGGAGGAGAGUCCCGAAGCUGAACAGGCCACCGGACCAGAGGAAAGCUCUGCUCCGUGGGCUCACGACGCAGCUGUUGAAGCACGGGAGGAUCAAGACGACUCGAGCUAGAGCUAGUGCGAUGAGGAAGUUUGUGGAUAAGAUGAUUACUUUAGCCAAGGACGGGUCUCUGCACAAGCGGAGGCAAGCGUUGGGGUAUAUCUACGAGAAGCAGAUCGUUCACGCGUUGUUCGCUGAGGUUCCGGAUAGGUACGGGGAGAGGAAUGGUGGGUACACGAGGAUUAUUAGGACUCUUCCGAGGAGAGGUGAUAAUGCUCCUAUGGCGUAUAUUGAGCUUGUUUAAGAGGUUGUUAUUUGUCGUUUUGAUUAAUUUCGGAAUUGCUAGACUCUUUGCUUUGUAAUCUUGAGCCUGUUGUUUAUUAUGCAGAUAUGAGAUCGUUUGUUGUGCUUUGAAA